AUGAGGGUGUCUAUCCUUGCUGUUGCCCCAUGUGUUGGUUUGUUUGCCCACGCUAAUGGACUAAGGGUAUUUGACCUAUAUGCAAGAGAAGAAAAUAAUAUCAAUAGUGUUAGCAGAAUUGCUGGAAACGCUACAAUAAACACUCCACCUACUGCUCUGGAUACUCCUGAACCUAAUACUUUUUAUUGGAGUAAAAAAAUAUCCAGUAACGAUCCCCAGGGUGGAGGAUAUGAAACUUGGAGCGGUUUUACGAUUCCAUCGGUUAUACCUCAGUUGGAAGAUGAUAAGAAAACCUCGCAACGAUCUGGUUCCAGAACAACAUUGUCUCCCUCAAAUUCAUAUUCAAGUUUAAGUUCGAGAAAAAGUUCUUCAUCGUCUACUCCAGAUGAGGUGCAACCAACACCUCCAACUAUAAACAAUAGUUCAGAAACUCCUAGACGGACCCCUGAUGCAUCAUCACCUCCAAAUACCUCUGGUACCCCAAAAAGUACACCGCCAUCUCAUAGUCCAAGUCCAAGCCCUGAAAUUCCUACAGGUUCAAAAAAUACUACAGAUGCGAGCUCUAUACCUACUCCCCAAAUUAACCAGUCUCCCAACUCAGAAACUAACUUGACGCCAAUAAUUAAACCUUCGGUGAAUGGUACGAAUAUUACACCAUCAUCUCCACCGAAGCUUACAUCAACAACUAGUUCAUCGGGAUUGAACGAUAGACCUACUCCUAACUCUAGUAAUUCUGAACCGUUGUCUACAACACCGUCAUCAACUCCUCCGGACGUUUCACCUACUAAACCAAAGGAUACAGAUCUACCUACUGCUCCUAAUGAGGGACCAUCCACUCCUCCUGGUUUAAGUCCAUCUAGUUUACCUACGACAAAUUCAACUGGUAACCAUGGGCCAUCUCCGCAUGUUUCGCCAACGAGAUCUCAUGAUAUAUCUACAAAUGAGCCUGAAGCUCCUGAGAAACCUUCCAUAGUACCUCUUCCGCCUUUUUCAGACUAUUCGGCUUCUGAUCUGCCUUUUGUUCCGAUACCGACUAUUAAUUCAACUUACCCCACAGUCCAAAGCACUAGCACUUCACAUCCAGUUAUUCCUAUAACUCCGGAUAGCAGCGCACCACCAGUUAACACCUCACCACCAGUUAACAGCUCACCGCCAGCUGACAAUCCACCAGCCAACAGCUCACCACCAGCUGUCAACCCAACACCCUCUAACAGCCCUCCACCACCUAAAAAUCCACCUUAUGUUUCUCCUACUCCCACCUAUUUUAGUGGAAAUUCUAGCCUAACCCCUUCUCAUUCGGUUCCAUUUAACAACAAUACAAUACACUCACCUCCAAACGUGGAUCCGUUUACUAUUUUCACUCCUUCUAUGAACCCCCAUCCUCAUGCUACCGACCAAAGGCAUUCGCAUCUAACAGCUACUCCGUCUGCGCAAUAUGUGACACCUACUAUUGUUAUUGACACUCAUAGCACACAUUCAAAUACUACUUUGGGAUAUCCAGGUACGAGCAGACAACCUUUGCCCACAACACCAAGUGAACCUCCAGUGUUCAAAGGUAGUGUAAGUCCGAGUGCAUCUCCUACGCGUUUACCAAGCCCAACUCCUGCUGCAAUUAAUACUGUGGUUGAAGUUAGUCCUUGGCUUCCAACGCGUAUUUUUACAGCAACUCCAGUAGCUGUAACUCCAGAGGUAGAUCCCACGGGAGAUGAAUCACAUAAGCCUUCCCCAAGUUCUUCGACUCCAACGUCAUCUCCCACACAUACUCAGGUUUUGCCUGAUGUCAUUUCACCGCCUACUGAGCCUGUUUUGGAAGGCGACUUUACCUUGAUAACCAUUGGCUUUAAAGAACCUUUGAAUUAUCCGUUCGUUGUAAACGAACCCAUUGCGAGUGCUCAAAUCUUUAAUUUUCUGCCUGCAGUUUUGAGUUUCCCUUUUAAUGGCGAAGUUUCUACUGCACCUGUUGUUCAGCUUGCACCAUUAAAGUCAAAGAGACACUACCUUGUGACUGUAGCGGAGGUGUAUUUCCCAACAGAUAAGGUUAAUGAACUUCAGAAACUCAUUGCUGACUGCGACAGUGUGCUUUAUAAAAGUUACGAUGACACUGGUCGAUCAUUCGCGUCGUUGAUCGACCCAUUAAUACCUCUAACAGGUAUAAUUUCCCAAUUGAAUGUUAACACACCAAGGUAUACAGGUAUUUCAGGAGACUCUCACGAUUCUCAAGUGCAUGAUGGUGCUAUGGAAGCUCGUGGAAAAACUACGGGUAAUGGCCAACGAUUAUCAGAACCUGCGAUUACUGGAAUUGUUAUAGCUGCUGUUGGUGCAGUAAUAGCAUAUAUCGCAUUUAUUGUCGUUGCUUCCCGUUAUGUUUUAAAGAAGAAAAGGGAAGGAUGUUUGUUGGACGAUCAUUCUGACCUGUCAAGUAACUCAGGAAAUUACUUAGGCCAAGCUGCACCAUCCGCGCCAUCCGCGCCAUCCGCACUAUCCUCAACACCUGGUUUAUUUGGUGUAUAUGAAGAAAAAUAUGCAACUUCGCCGUCGAAUGGUAAUAGGCAUGGUGGUAGGGCGAGUAUGACUCCAAGUAUGAAAGUCUCCAACUGGCUGAACUAUGAAGAUAACCAUAAACCUGCUUUACAAAAUCUGGCUAAUGGAAAGACGAAGAUGAUUAGUGCGCCAAUCGCUUCCGAAAACUCUCUAGGGUGGGAUUCUUAG